AUGACGACCGCACGCCGAAGCGUGUACCUCAACCACGAGACAGGGAUAGUUCAGUCGACUUCCGAUGCAUCUCUCGUACAGACUUUUCAUCAGCAACUACCCUCCUUUGCCAAAACCCCUCUCAUUCCCCUCGACGAGAUCGCCCAGGAACUAGGCGUGAGAGCAGUCUACCUGAAAGACGAGAGCAACAGACUCGGGCUACCAGCCUUCAAGAUCCUGGGCGCAUCAUGGGGAACGUAUCGUGCCAUCACGGCUGAUCUGGGCUUGCCCACCGACACGCCCCUCGACGAUGUCGCAAAAGUCGCUCAAACGCAUAAUCUCUCACUCUACGCCGCUACGGAGGGUAACCAUGGCAGAGCCGUCGCAGCCAUGGCUAAGAUUCUUGGCAUCCAUGCGCACAUCUAUGUCCCUAGUAGUGUUGGCAGUGAAGCGGUCACCAACAUUGUCUCCGAGGGCGCCAACGUCAUCGUGAGCAACUCUCAUUACGACGACGCUGUCGAAGAAGCCUGGCAAGCAUCAAAGUCAGUCAAAGGCGGACUAUUGAUUCAAGACAAUGCUUUCGUGGGAUACGAGCAAAUUCCCUCUUGGAUCGUCGAGGGCUACUCCACCCUCGUCCGCGAGGCCGAGCAACAGUUAGCCGACCAGGGGCUGAAGCCGACUCUGAUGGUGACACCAGUCGGUGUUGGAUCUCUGGCGCAUGCCGUUGUGUCCCAUUGCAAGUCUGAUGGACGGGACUGUGCAGUUCUAUCCGUCGAGCCCGACACUGCUCCGUGUCUUUGGACAAGUUUAAAAGCUGGUAAGCCAGUGACGGUUCAUACCUCGAGGACUAUUAUGGAGGGGCUCAACUGCGGCACCGUCUCUUUGACGGCAUUUGAUGACCUUCGCGCGGGUGUCGAUGCCAGUGCCACCGUCUCGGAUUUUGAGGCCCACGAGGCUGUGAACUAUCUCAAGACCAUAGGUGUCAAGAGCGGGCCAUGCGGUGGCGCCACGGUCGCGGCGCUUCGACGGCUUGGACGAGUGAGCCCACGACCGGCCUACCUUUCCAAAGACGCUGUAGUUGUGCUGCUCAACACCGAAGGCCCGCGCAACUACAAGAUUCCUCUGGAUGUGUCUGUCAAAGAUCCCGUCAAGUUGACACAAAUCCUCACGUCCAUCGAUUCUUCAAACCCCGACCUGUCCAAGGCUUCUGGUGCUGGUGAAACCGAAAUUGCCCAUUACAUUUCUGCGUGGCUGCAACACCGCGACCUUGAAGCGCACUGGUUGGAAGAGAGGCCAGGCCGACCCUCCGUGGUUGGUGUGCUGCGCGGCAAGGGAGGAGGAAAGUCCAUCAUGCUCAACGGGCAUGUCGACACCGUCAGCCUUUCGAGUUACUCGCCAGACCUAGAUCCGCUUAGCGGAGAGCUCAAGCCCGAAGACGGAGGGCGAAUCUAUGGUCGUGGGAGCGCGGACAUGAAGGCGGGUUUGGCGACUGCCAUGGCGUCAAUGGCUCGAUUCAAUUUGGCAUCGGGCUCUUCUCUAAGGGGUGAUGUCAUCCUCGCCGCUGUUGCCGACGAGGAGAACUUCUCUUUCGGUACCGAGGAGGUCAUCAGAGCCGGUUGGAAGGCCGAUGCCGCAAUCAUCCCGGAACCCACUAACCAGGAAAUGGUCAUUGCUCACAAGGGAUUCAUCUGGGUCGAUAUCGACAUCCUCGGUAUCGCAGCCCAUGGUUCUAGGCCCGAGGAUGGCGUUGACGCAAUCUUGCUCGCUGGUGCCGUGCAGACGGCACUGUUAGAAUACUCAAAGACGUUGCCGUCCGAUUCUCGACUGGGGAAGGCGUCUUUGCAUGCAGGACUCAUUCAGGGAGGUGAGGAACCGUCAAGUUAUCCGGAGCGCUGCACUUUGACUGUCGAGUUCCGGACCAUCCCGGCACAGACGUCGCAGAGUAUUCUUGAUGACAUUGAAGGCAUCUUGUCCAGUAUCGCCAAGUCUAACCCGGAUUUCAAAUAUACGACUCCUCGUAUUACCUUCUCGCGGCCUCCUCUUGGUCAGGAUGCAGACGAUCAGUUCGUCAAGGCCUUCGUCUCGGGCACUGCAAAGUGUCUAGGCAACGCACAGGAGCCUGUCGCGGGUUCUUUCUGGUGCGAUGCCGCUUUAUUGAAUCAGAUUGGUAUUCCAUCUGUUGUCUAUGGACCCAGGAGUUUCGGGAUCCAUGGCAAGGAGGAAUGGGUGAGCGUAGAGAGCAUUCGGGAGGUUGCAUCCAUCAUAGAGACUGUGAUCCAAGACUUUUGCGCUUAG